AUGAGUAUAUUAGGAGAUAUCCAAGAGUUGGGUGGUGUGCACAGACAUAUGACCGGGCAAAGAGGUCCCAAACAACUGGGUCCAUUACUCACUGAAGUAUUUUUCUCCGACAUGUCUGACCAUUUCGGUGCCGUAGACUACGUGGUAUUCAUCGCGAUGUUAAUGAUAUCGACAGCAAUCGGUUUGUAUUACGCGUGGAAAGACCGCAAGACUACCAAUGAGGACGAGUUCUUGAGAGGUGGCAAAACUAUGUCUCCGUUUCCGGUUUGUAUCUCAAUUAUGGCCAGUUUUUUGCCGAGCACUUCGUUCAUAGGCUUUCCAACGGUGGUGUACGUGACGGGCACUAUGUUCUGGGUAAUAGUGAUCCCGGCUGUGUUGGGCGCUAUACUCGCCGCUGAAGUCUUCAUUCCUGUCUUCUAUAACAUGAAUCUACUUUCGGUCAACGAAUACAUUCACAAACGCUUUCAAUCACAUAAUUUGCAAAUUAUAACCAAUUUGUCCACGUUGCUAGCUAUGAUCCCAUUCUUUGGAGUCGAGCUGUUCGCGCCAUCGAUAGCACUGUCUAUUGUCACCGAUAUGUCCAUCAGUUCCAGUAUUUUAGUCAUUGGUCUCAUAGUAACCAUCUAUACGUCUAUGGGUGGCCUCAAGGGUGUCAUAUGGACCGACUUCUUCCAGUUCACUGUUAUGGUCGCCGGAGUGCUAGCAGUUAUCAUAAGA